AUGCCCACCCAAGAACCCGAAGACAAGCCCCUCACGCCAUCUCAGCAGAAAGCGAUCGAGAAGCUGAGGAAGCGCUGGGACUACCAGUCGCUGGACUCCAUCUCGGAAGCCUUCACGGCUGGGUGCAGUCUUGGAAUCAAGGUCGCCGAGUUCGACUCAGCUCACUAUGAGCAGGAAGACAUCAGCUUGAACAAGACGCUCUGGGACUUGUGGCCCACGGAUCCUAACAAACUGGAUGGAUACAUCAAGCAGCACCAGGAGAAGGCUGACCGCCUCUUCAAGUCCCGUCGUGAGACAUGGGCUGACGAUGUGGAGCCCACCUUCGACCUCGAGCAGCUCAGGGUCGCGAUGCCUUCCGCUGAACGCGCACGCAUUGGUUCCAACCUCCGCCUCAUGCACGAGCUGCACGUGCGUCUGCAUACAACCGGUCUGCUGCCAUUCAACGUGCUCUCAGAGGGCGUCAGCCCCCUCACUCUCCUCAUGACGCGCAAGUCGAUGUUCGAUGUGCCCUCACUCUCCGCCGCGGUGGAGGCGGGGAAAAGGUUGAAGGCGCAGGCCGAUGCAAUCAAUGAUGCAAUCCCCUCCCGCGAAGAUGGCGAGGAGAGAACUCCUGCUCAGAGCGAAGCGAAGCACACAGCCUCCAUCGAGGCUCUCGGGACAUACUGCUCCGCGCUCAUGGGUCUGUGGCCCUGGACCGCGAGCGGUCUCAUCAUGACGCCCGAGGUCGCGUUCGAUUCCGGUCUUGCACAGCUUGACUACUCCGGCUCCGAAUCCAGGCCCCGCAGCAAGAAUGUCGAGGGACACUACUUCCGUGUGCUGGCCAGGGCGUGCAACCUCGUGCCUCUGCUUACCCGUUACUGUCCGCUUGACACUUAUUGGGAAUGCCACCGUGCAGAUAUGAUGAUGCUCGCGCUGUUCAUGCCCAAGGAACUCAACUACUCGUACGAAGUCACGGCUGGGCUCGAGGUCGGCCUGCUCAGCAUGAUGUACGGCGGGAACGACAGCUGGGCGCACGCCAGGUGCGACGAGCGUCAUCUGACCUGCACCUUUGAAGGGGCCAUCAAGGCCGGCAUGCGCACACGCAGCCUCUCUGAGUCGAUUCCCGAGAAGCAGGGCGCCAAAAUUGAGCCUAUCUCCGACUCGGACGAUGCGGCCUCCGGCUCGGGAUCGGACAGCAAGAGCGACGACAACAAGGUCGACAAGACGAAGGGAAAGAAGAAGAGCAAGAAGGAGAACAACGGAGACGACGAGAAGGAUAAGGGGAACGAGGAGGAGGAGAUCAAGUACUACAACAAACGUGGCAAGGUCGUUGGGUCUGGUCCCCGCCAGCCUAUGCGUUUUACGGGCGUCGUGCAGCCUCCACACCAGACCAGCAAGCCCUCCACUGCGUUUCCCUGUGAUUAA